AUGUUCAUGAAGCUCUCUCCGAGGGCAGCCAGUGACCUCGCCGCCGCCGCCUUGACCGUUACCUUGAGGGACCGAGCCGAAGAAGACGUCGCCGUGCCCCUUGCGGCAUUCAAAGAAGAGAGGUCUGGCGGUGACCGGGUGGUUGGAGGAGGAGUUGAGGAGGGUAUGGGUGGUGGUGCUCAGGUCAUCACUUACCACGUAACUUGGGACCAAAAGGCUGCAAGUUUUGAGACUGACCUGGAAUUUUCAAUUCACCUGCUUACUAGUGCUGGACAGGCUUUGCAGCUCAUUUUUUGUGUUUUUUCGGCUGCGGCCAUUUUCUCAUUGUAG